GAGGACUUUGCUCACAGUCAGGGGGUUUCUGCAAGCAAGUCUACUAAAACUGCUCCGUGUGUCAAAUAGGAAUAUGGGAAGCGGUCGACUUCUCUGAAGGCCAGGUCUGAUCUGCAUCCAGCAGCGUUGCUUCUGACAACCUGAGUGCCAUCACCAUGAUGGAGAUGAGGACCACAAUGAGGAGAGCCCAGUCCCUGAAGAACCUCUCCACGGGUCACAAUGAGUGGUGGGGGGCCAGGGGGACGGGAAUCGGGACAGGACGGUGGGACCGGAGGAAGUCUGUCUCUCAGCUUGUAGACCAGUAUCAGAGUUCCCUAGAACUCCGGAGCAUUGGCACAGAGGAACACAAGCAAAAGUUCACCCCUCCCAAAGACCCAAAAUCCACAGGCAGCAAAGUAGACACCCUCCUGAGGAGGUAUGAGAGCAGAGAGUGGGCCAGGCAGUCAGCCCGUGAUGGAGGGGGUCCUGCUCUGUCCCGAAGUCGCUCUAUGGACUACCUGCCUCCACACAAACCCACGGGUACUGAAGCCAUGAGGGCGCUGUUCGAGUCCAAAGCCGCCCUGCAGCACAACUUCUCCAGCACCCCCUGGCUCAACCCCAACCCCAACACCAACAACAGGCUGCUAACUGUGGGGGGCACCAGGGGCACACAAAAACAAACACAGAGCGCCCCUCCCACUCCAGCCAGAAAGGAGACCACUCACCAGCGGGUGAACACCGUUCAGCAAGAGCGAAGGAAGACAAUUAGCGGUGUCUCUGUGACCCCUGACAAAACACCUAGUCUACCGAAUGGGAAGAAGAGACCAUCACAGCCAGACCUGAGGGAAAAAUCUGCCAUCACACAACUAGAAAGAUCCUCUUCGGUGAAAGCCAGAUCUGCUUUCUUUCUCUCAAAGGCGGCAGCUGCUGACUCCACAGUCAGUCCCAUAAAACAAGGCGGUGUAAUACAGGACAGUCCCAUUUCUUCUGGAAAGAAAGCAAAACCAAGCAAGAUGGCUGACAAAACCCAACACAUAAAGGUUUCACAUGGACCUGGUGAGGAGGAUGAGCUCCCACCUCCCCCCCCUCCCCUGUCCAGACCUCACCUGGAAGGCUCACCUGCCACAGGGGACCAAGGUCAAUCAUCACUGCCUAUCCCUCCACCAAAGGAAACAUUCUCAUCAUUCUACCAACAGCGGCAGAAAAGCGAGCUGAAAAGGCUGUUUAAACACAUUCACCCUGAGCUGGGGAAAAAGAUGGAAAAUGUUGUGGAUGAGGAGCUGGUGGAAGUGCUGAAUUCAGAAAAUGCACAGUCGGCAGCAGAUGCAGGGUAUCAGGGCGAGGUCCAAUCCAUGAAGUGGAUCUUCGAGAAUUGGACCCUGGACAACAUCGGGGAUCCUCACACUACUAAAAAACUACUGGAGGAAGAAGGUCUCCAAGUGGGUGAUGUGAGAGGUGCUUCGUCCAUGUUUGAACACCGUGAGUUAGACAGCGCUCAGUUUUCCACCUCCACUUCAAGGAGAGGCCAAGUCAAAGGAGAUGUCCACACGGCAACGUGGCUGUUUGAAACGCAGCCUUUAGACUCUCUUAACAAAAUCACCCCAGAGGAAGGAGAGCUGGUGGAAGCUGUGCUGAAGGAACCUAUCCCCAGAGGGGACGUUAGAGGUGCAAGACUUCUGUUUGAGUCGAAGCCCCUUGACGCCCUCGGCCGCUGCAACUCUAUCGAGGACCACAGCUUCCUCAAGCUGAAGUCAGAGAUUCAGGAACAGAAAGGUGACAUUCAGAAGACAGUAAAGCUCUUCCAAGCGGAGCCCUGCUGUGCCCUCCAGGACAGCAGAGGAAACAUUCAUGAGAUUAAGUCCAUCUGUCGUGAAGAAAUCCAGACCAGUAAUGUCAGAACAGCCCGCUGGCUGUUUGAGACACAACCCCUGGAUGUCAUAAAUAAGGAUAUGUCUGGGGUGAAAAUCAUUCGCGGGAUCUCAUUGGAGGAGGCUCAGAAAGGUGGGGUUGACUGCAAGAGAUGGAUGUUUGAAACACAAACCUUAGAUGCCAUUCAUGAGAGUAUCCAGGAAGAUCAAUUCAAGGGGACUGUAGAGGUUGUUGAAGCAGCCGACGUUGGGAGCAAGCGACAGCUUUUUGAAACGCAGCCUUUGGAUGCACUAAAAGGGGAGUCCUCAGGAGAGGCUCAAUCCAAGGAGGAGAUCAUUGGAGGAAACGUAAGAUCCAGCCUUUGGCUGUUCGAAACCCAGCCCAUGGAGACUCUGAAGGAAAACUAUGAGGUUGGGCGUCUGCAGAAAGUUACUGUUUCUGAGGAUGAAAAGGGAAUGGUGAAAAACAAAAAGCACACAUUUGAGACCUGUACCUUAGAUACAAUCAACAAAGAAGAAGCUGAGGGAGAAUCCAAAAGUGAAACCCAAGAGAUACUAAGGGGUGAUGUUAAAGUCUACAAGAACCUCUUUGAAACAAUUCCACUUGGCACUAUUUCACACCCUGAGAAUGUGCAAGUUGAAAACCCUUAUGACAUCACAGCUGGGGAUGUAAAAGGCAACAGAACUUUAUUUGAGGCCAUACCUCUGUAUGCUAUCAAAGACUGGUCUGGGAACUUUCACAAGGUCACAACCGUGAGCAGAGAGGAAUCAAUCAACGGAAAUGUCCAAAACUACAAAUGGAUGUUUGAAACCCGACCUCUGGACCAGUUUGAUGAUGGAAAGGAAAAUGUGGAAGUCAUUAAAGGCAUCACCAGACAGGAGGAACAAGCUGGUGAUGUCAAGACAGCAAAAUGGCUUUUUGAAACUCAGCCUCUUGACUGCAUCCAUUCCAAGGUCGACCAGGCAGAACAGCAUUCAUCUGUGCAGAGGAAAGAAUCACAAGGGGGGGAUGUAAAGACAUGUAAGUGGUUAUUUGAGACGCAGCCUAUGGACAUAUUAUAUGAAAAAUCUGAAAAGAAAUCAGAAGAAGAAAUAAUACCAAAAUCUGAUGUGAAAUCCCACACAUGGCUUUUUGAGACACAACCUCUAGACAGCAUAAAAGAUGGUGAGGAGCAUCAUUUGAAACUGUGCAGCACCUUUCAGGAUGAGAAUAAGAGCGAUGUGAAUGUGAAAACAGUGAAGCACCUUUUUGAGACAGAGACUUUGGACAGCCUGUCAAUGACAGCAGAUGCAGACCAAGAUGUCCUGUAUGUCAGCAAAGUUGACGUCCAGUCCGGGGAUGUUUCUCGAGUCAAAGAAAUUUUUGAGUCAAAGUCACUUGAUGAAAUAGGCCUGUCAUCUGUGAAUGUUUCAGAGGCUGAGGAUCAGGGUGAUAACAUCCAGGCAGGCUCUGUUCACAAAUUUACUUGGCUUUUUGAGAACAAUCCAAUUGACAGCCUGAAAGAUCAGGAGGAUGGCACCACAAGCAAAUGCACUGUCGAUGAUGUGGAAGGUGGGGAUGUUGGCAGUAAAAAGUUUAUAUUUGAGACUUUCUCUCUAGAUAAGAUCCAGGAUAAGGACAAGCUUCUCGAGCACUCCUCUGUCUGCGUGGAACAGCCUGUGAGUACGAGUAACGGAAAUGUAAAAUCCAGUACAAUGCUGUUUGAAUCCCAGCCUCUGUAUGCCAUCAGAGACAAAGAUGGGCAGUUCCAUGAAGUUACCACUGUCAAAAAAGAGGAGGUCAUGAGUGGAGAUGUCAGAGGAGCUCGGUGGAUGUUUGAAACAAAACCUCUUGACACCAUCAAGCCACAGGAGGAGAUUUUUGUUAUACGAGCAGUGACCCAAGAGGACGUUCUGAAGGGUGAUGUGAAAUCGGCCAGAUGGAGGUUUGAAACGCAACCGCUGGAUUCCCUCAUGAGUCGAGAGACACCCGUGGUUAAAACGGUGGAGGACAUUCAAAAAGGUGACGUCCAGCUGAACAAACAGCAUUUUGAAUCUCAAGCAACUGCUAAAAAUAAGUAUGUGAGAAUGGUGAGCGUCACAGAUGUCCAGCAAGGUGAUGUCAGAACAUCCACUUGGCUAUUUGAGAAUCAACCCAUUGACUCCCUCAAGGGGGAACUUCUGGAGACAACCCCUGUGCACAGAGAGGACGUUCAAAAAGGGGAUGUGAAGAGAAGCACCUGGCUAUUUGAAACGCAGCCACUGGACACAAUCAAGGAUGCUGAUCCCACUGUUGACAGCACUGUUCAAGAGGAACUUCCACAGGCAGAUGUGAAGAGCACAACCUGGCUGUUCGAAUCAACUCCCCUUGACAUAAUAAGUUUUCAAUGCAAGGAACAGUCAGUCAUCUGUGAAAGCGUGAAGGAGACUUUAUGCCACCUCUCUGCUUUCAAUGCCAUUCAUUCACAUGGAAUCGUGAUUGAAGCCAAUGAGUCCCGAAGUGUGAAAAUGGCUAAAUACCAUUAUACAAGCAGUGAGGGAGCACAAAUCCAAAAGGAGGAGAUAGUUGAGGGGAAUAUCAAGAAUAUUAUGUUGCAGUUAUUAUACAGAACAAACCUGGCACCACAGGUAAUGCUCCUUAAAGAAGAUGAAAAAGGACAUGUGAAGGCCACCAAACUAGAGAUGCCAACCCAGCAAACGGCAUCUAGUGCAAAGCAAGACAAAGAAAGCAAAAUGGAAAGUGUAGCUCAAGUUAUUGAGAGUAUUCUCAGUCAAGAUAUGUCUUUGAAAAAAGGAAUUGUGAUACAAGAAACUGAAAGUGGUUAUGCUGAGAUGACAAUCUACUCACUUUAUGUUCACACUGAAAAUACAGAAGAGAGCUCUGAAGUAAUUAAAGGAGAUGUGAAGUCCACCAUUGGCACCCUAUUAGCUACUGCCCAAGACCAGAGGACCCUUGCAUCAUUUCAACCAGAGCAAAGUGAGAAAGGAAAUGUCAACCUGUACAGGAGCUGCAUUGAGAAAGGUGACCUACAAUAUCUAAAAAGCCUUCAGGUGGAACCAUCUGAGGAUGAGCUUGACUCUGCCCCAAAAGAUCAGAUUGAGAUUGUGCAGGGAGAUGUAAAGGAAGCAAAGAGAAACCUUAACCAGCUCAAGGAUCAAGUAGAGAGAACAGUCCUGGAUGUUGUACCUGGGGACGUGAAGAAUGCCAAAAAGGUCUUCUCUGAAGGCUCAAUUGAUCAGUCUAUUUGCGUGCAGAAAGAGGAGAUCGUUCCUGGAGAUGUUUUCUCUGCAAAGCAGUCUCUUGGUCAAGUCAUCAACCAACCAUUUGUAGUUGAAAAGGAGGAGAUAGUGUCAGGGGACGUUAAGGCUACUAUGCAGUCUCUGGAGAAAGCCAAACAGCAAAGUAUGCGGGUGGAGCGUGAAGUCAUUAGUCCGGGAACCAUCUACGACCUGGACGUUACGUCACACGAAACCUCUGCAGAAGAAACAAACAAAGCCCAACAGCAUGUCACUGUAACAAAGGAAGAAAUUGUGUCUGGUGAUGUCAAGGCAGCAAAAAAGUCUCUGGAGAGAGCAAGAAAAUACAGCAACCAUGUGGAACGUGAAGUUGUAGUUCCAGGAAAAAUUUACGAUCUGAAUGUUCGAUCCCAGGAAGAAUCUUCCUUAACAGAAGGGCAACAGAGGACCCAGACAGAAGAGGCCUCUUGUGAAAAACUAGAAAUGGGGAAAUCAUGCCAAGAGAAAUCCACUGAGGUUAGACCAAAUGAACAAAGACCCAACCUUCAAGCAGCUACGCAGAACCUCUGUCAGACCUCAAGAGGAGUUAAGGUAAUUCGACAGGAAACACAAGAGAAGCAACACAUAGUUGUGCAAGGAAAGCAACAAGUUGUUUCUCAGGAACACUCAACGCAAAAGAAGCAGGUAGUUUCUCAGAAGACUACAGGAGCCCAGCAAGCGAGGAGCCAGCAAACAUCAGUGCAGUUCACUCAAAAGAAAGCAACCACUCAUGCCUCAACAUCAAAGCAGUCUACAUCAUCUUCAAGGAGCCAGCAGGUCACAUCAGCUAAUCAAAAGGUCAGUGAUUCUGAGAAGACUCAAGGAACUGAUGAGAAAUGUGAAGGUUUCCAGAAAAGUGAAGUUGCAAGGGGUGCAGAUAUAAAUGUUAAAUCAGGCGACAUGCAGCCAGCCUUCUCUCUUGUAAAUCCUGUUGUAAAGUCAGAGAGUGAUUCACAGAGUUCAGAAGCACAGGCAGAAGCAGAGAUUGUUGUGAGAGGAGAUGUCAAGGCUGCUAUAAGAUCUCUGCAAAGUGCUUCCACAGAACACAGACUGGUAGAAAAAGAAGACAUUGUAAGAGGCAACAUGCAGGCAGCUCUUGAUUCCCUGGAGAAGUCGAGUGUUAAUGUUUCCAGGGGCGACUUUAAAGCAGCAAUGAUAUACAGGAAUGCAGGACAGAAAAAGAAAAAAAGUUCAGACAAUGUUUGCAAGCAGGCUGAUGUAAAGUCUGUAUGUCCAUGUGACACUGAGUUAUCUCCUUCAGUUUCAGUGACUUAUGGAGAGCAGCCAGCCACCCCAGCACUGAAUUUGACACCGGUAGCAGAUUCCUGUCCAGAUGACAUCUCAGAGAAACUACCCAUUUCCUCUGCUUUGACAAGUAAACCCAAGAGCCCACCACCACUUCCUGCCAAAGCAUGUGAAAAGCCUGUGGCUCAAAGGCCAGCCCUUCCACCGAAACCCCAUCGCUCAAAGACAACCUCUGAUGAUGUCACAGGAUGUGCACCUGUUUCACCAAAUAUGCCUGAGCAACUCAGAGAAAGCCAACAAACUCCAGUAAUACCCCCUAAGGCAAGACGCCUGGGAAGACCACUAUCUCCCCCACCACUGCCUGCAAAACCUGCAUCUAAUCAAGAACUGUCCAAGGACUUGCCGCAGGAUGCUACAGAAUCUAAACAUAUACCAGUAAACUGUGACCAGGCACAAAAGCAUCAUUUUGGAAAUAUCAUUGGAAAAAAAGAGCAUCAACCCAUCAAGAAAGAGACAAUUCAGAACACUGAGACAAGUAAUCUAAGUACCAAACAGCUUAAGAAAGAAGCUAAAUGUACAGAGGCUAAAACAGACAGGCAGGAAGAGUAUAUCAAUAAUUACUCAUCAACUCCAACUUGUGCUGAAGUGGAGAGGGAGAAACUGAAGCAACAUCAGAAGACACAUGGAUCCGAAGAGAUCCAUGCAUGCGUGGACUCUGAGAAUGGUGAAAGCAGUAAUGAGAUCCAUAUAGAUUUUCAGGCAGCUCUUCAGAAUUUUGGAGGGAGGAAAAAAGGCGUUGUGGUCACUAACCCGGUCCUACCCAAGAAAAUUAGUGUGGUUCAUGCAGAGGACAAUAAUGAAAGAAGGCAAAUGGCUAAGAAAGACACCUGCAGUAGGCAAACAUAUGUCAAAGACCAAGAAAGCCUUCACUUGGACAGACUAAAAAAUAGCAGUGCUGAUCAAAAAAUCCUUUCUUCUCACUCUGAAACACAUACCCCUUCCACAGACAACAGUCAUAGUAAUUAUAACAACCACGAGGUACAAGAGAAUAAAGUAAUUCUCAGGGAGAAAAAAACAAAAAGAGAGACAGAUGAUGAACGUAGGCAAAGACUAUCAGUCCAUAAGGAUGAAAUUAUGAGAGGUAACGUGAAGGCGGCAAUGGAGAUUUUCGAAAAUCUGAGGAAGAGAGAGGAGCUAAAGAUAAUUCUUUCAAAAGUAGAGGAAAUAGAAGGAGAGACGAGCAAAGUUGAUGUGCGAUCUUUGAAAAAUUUAUUUGAGAAUGUGCCAGCUUGGAUUGUUGCUCCUGGCAAAAAUGCAAAUGGGGGGAAGCCCAAAGGGGAAAAGAAUGUUGAAAGGACUGACUCAAUGAAAGAUUAUUCAGAAAAUACUUCCUCCAUGGAGGUUGUAUUUGGAGAUCUUGAAAGAGCAAGUGUAGAAAUAAUGAAUUUGAAAGAGCAAACGUUGGCUAGGCUUAUGGAUAUAGAGGAAGCCAUAAAAAAGGCCUUGUAUUCUGUCUCAAAUUUAAAAUCAGAGUCUGAUAUUGCUGGGUUAUCUGGACUGUUCAAUGAAUCACUGAGAAGUGAGCAAAGUCCUGCCACACCAAAGAACAUAAGGAAGAUCAGUAUAGUUUCCAGCAGAACCAAAACGGAACAAGGAAGGGAGGCAUCAGGAACAAAUGCAAAGCAAACAACCGGCUUGUCAGGAAAAUCAGAGGAAGUACAAAAGCCAGGACUACAAGCAUGCACAUCCAAACCACAAGCAGUUUCUCCCUCUUCUCCUUGCUUCAUCUCCAUUCAAUCUGCUGCCAGAAAACCUGUUGAAUCUCCCAAAACACAGUGGUCUCAUUCAACUGCCACUCAUCAGGGGACAGCUGAGAGGACACAACAUUGCCACAGCACUUUUGAAAUUAAUGGCAACCUUGGCCAGCCUUCGGCUCAUAAGGAAUCAGAGGCUGACGUCAACAAUGCUCUUCGUCCCAAGCGUAAAGUUAGCGUGCUAGAGGUACAAACAAUGCCAGAGGCUACUGGAAUUGUGGGCACCAAGACUGUCAGUGAAAAAUACGAAGAGACCGAUUGCUUUGGCAACAAGUUUGUCUCCUCCAAGACUUCAACCAUUGUUACUAAGCAAUCUGAAACAAAGACUUCCUCUACAUUUGAAGUAGUUGCCAACCCAACCAGAUAUGAAGUAAUGACAUCACCUCUUAUCCGGAGACCCGUUCACACUUUCACAGAAAAUCCUCAAUUCACAGGCAAAGAGGAAGGAAGAGUUUUUGUCACAUUUGGCCACCCAAAGACAGGGAAGCAUUAAUAUCAUAUUCAGUGUAAUGCUCAUUCAAUGCUGCAGGAGUUGCUGGGUGAUUCCUUUAUGUUUUCCUCAAUCAUAGAUCUAAUGCUAUAUAUCUUCUGUUGUGCUUAUCAUGUAAUAUAGAUGUUUCAACCUGUGAUUUGUUCUUUUGUUUUUAUUAUGUUGUUAGUAUAGUAUUGUGUAUAACUAUUUUAUUUACGAUUGCCUUUGUACAAUUUCAUAACUUUUUCUUUAAUAAUUACUGCACAUGCAAUUUACUAGAUUCUUUUGUUUUCUAUAUCAGAGGUAAAUUGUUAGUUAAUUACAAUUUCUAAACAAAAUAAUUUGAAAUGUAUAUUGUUGUAAGCCAGAAAUUAAAUAAAGACUUUGUGCAAAUAAUAAAAAGUGACUGUUUCAUGACACAAAAUAUUAUCGUGUUCAGAAUUCAUCCAGUUGUACCCCUCCACCACAAAAAAUCUCCCACCCAUCUCAAUGUUACUGUUCACACUUCAAUUGUCAUAUUUUGUUAUUGUGUAUGCUGUAAAAAUAUUAAAGGUCACUAUCAUGGCAUUGAGAAUCACUUAUAUAGCAUAUGCUUCAAGGUCUCAGUGUCCCAAGCAGCAUAUUCAAUAUCUGAAUAUUCAAACAAUGAAACAAGUGUUGAAUCAUGGGUUCAAUAUCUAUUCCUGAAAUUCAGCAGUAAAGAUACACUUUGCCAAAAAAGAUACCCUUUGUCACGAAUGACUUAUAAAGGCAUUAAUGGUUACAAUUACAAGUGUUAACAUAAAUAUUAUAAAGUC